CGGGCGGGAACAGCCGCCCGAGGUGGACGGGGAGGCUACCCGAGCCUCCGGCGCGCCCGGGAGCGCCGAGCAACGGCCCAGGGAUCCGCUUUUUUGCUCUUGUUUUUAACCUGAGAGUGACUCAGCUAUCCGCCGGCCUCGGCCCCUGCGGGCUCAGGGGGGGUGGCCGGAGGGUGACCGCGGGCCUUGGUGUCACCGCGCGGGCUCCUGCUCGGGUCUGCAUUGAUCGUACCCACGCUAAAAUAUUUCCUGUAAAUUUUUCUGAAUUAAAAGCGUCGACAGCGAUCGCUCCCAAACACUCCUCAAGCGUAAGCACGCCAGAAGUAACAAAGUGCCCUUUGACAAAGAGCUAAUGCAUUUUGAAAUACAAAAUUUAGCACCCUUAAACUAAGUUAGCAUAAGUUAGUGAGGAGAUGCGAGCUUACACCAGAGGUGUUAAAAGCCGUGCCUGACAGUCUGCGGUUCCCACAUGCCACGUUGAAACUACAACAGCUUUUUCUGUCAUGCAGUGCCAGCAGCCAUAGGUGGUGGGUUUAAUAAAGCAUUUAAGGAAAUUUGGAUUUAGUUAGUAAAAAAAUCCUCUCAGGAAAAGGAGUGAAAAACUGACAAAGAAUGUAUGAAACAAAAAAAAAUGACAGAAGUAGGAUGGGAUUAGUUGAAACUUUAAUAUUGCCAAUAGCUGGGAGGGUUUUGUUUCAGGUUUUCCAACAUGGAUUCUAAAUUUUAUCUAGAGGUACAUUUCUAAGACUCAUUAAGAGGUUUUACAUUUAGAAUCCAAAGAAGGGAGUGUCAAAAUCCCACAGUAAAUUAGCCUGAUUUUAAUCAUAUCUAAAACCAUAUUUUCCUCCUAGAAGAUUUGGUAUCAUUAGGAGGUGCUAUACAAAAACACUAAAAUGUGUAGGGUCAGGGGAAGCGACCUCUCAGCAGGUUCAUAUUUGCUGUCAGUCUGCUUCCACAACAGAUAUCUACACUUGAACAGCUAAUAAAAUCUCCUUGCAUCAGGAUGAGGUUUCCGAAUUUGUAUUUUGUAUACAUAGCUGUGUUCUUUCUGAUUCAUUUAGCCUCAUCAACAACAAUAAAGAUACUGAAUCAGAACAAGCUGGCAAUUUUGUUGAUGAAACAUGGGAGAGAGCGGACUCCAGCUGGCUCUUCAGCAGAUACAUUGGCCAGUUGACAGGAAUAAAACUGUAAGAAACCUGACACAGAAAACACACACGGGGAGAGGAGACAGACAGCAGAGGCAGGCAGGACUCAUCAUGUCCGACAAACCAGAUUUUGCAGAAAUUGAAACGUUUGACAGGACCAAGCUGAAGAAGACAGAAACCAGAGAGAAAAAUCCAUUGCCCACUAAAGAAACUAUCGAACAGGAAAAGCAAAGUGAAAGUACAGCCUGAGCAUAAAAUUGAAGAUGUGACUGCUGCUUCUUCAGUGGGGUUUUGGCUUCCAAGUUGGGUUGGUGGUUUUUGUUCCCGCAUCCCAUGUCUGUUGCCUAUUUAUUUUAGCUAACACUUGCUCAUUUAAUGUUCCCUGGGGAAGAAGUUUGUUUUGUGUUUGUUGAACAAGAUACUAUGUAUUUGUAUUCUUAAAACUGUAGUUCCAAGUUCUGUAUCAACCCCAUGCCUUGCCAAAAAAAAGCAAUUUGCAUAAAAAUUGUUUUCUUAAACCUCACAAUAAACAGGUUUCUUCUGA